AUGCCGGGACCAGAAGCAAAUCUAGACCCGUUUGGUGCGGUGACGGGGUCCUCACUCACUCAGAAUCCAAAUCACUCCUCCUUCAAUGAUGUCUCUACGACCAUAGACACUCCGUUGACGUGUUAUCAACCCUCUUAUUCGAAAUCAGCCUCUGCGCUGCCGCUCAUUUGCGAGGAGAUUGAACGGUACAUUCGUGGUCACUCUCCCUACGCUGACCUUUGGCUGCGGUACUAUCUGAGCCCUGACGACCUCAGCGCAUUGCAAAAGCUGAUCCGGGAGAAUUCACACUGGGGGGAUAAACUGCGGUAUGACUAUUUCCCGCGAACUUCGCUCUUUGUCCUCCGCAUGGCUGCGAGUAGUCAGCAUGAGAGCCUACAAGAAGGCUUCUGCGAGUUUGUGAAAAGAGAAUUGAGGCGGCUAUACUCGGGAGAUCUAGCAAGGGAGACUUUUGUAGAUCAGAUCCACAAUGAAUGCCACACAGCUAUACGCGAAGGCAAGAUCGGCUCGCACAGUCCCGACGCUCAGUUCGGACACGAACAGGCACAAUAUCCUGGUGUUGUACUGGAGGUGGCAUAUCCACAGAAGAGCAAAGACUUACCAGAAUUGGCGCGCAUAUACAUCACUGAAGGUUAUCGAGGUACUCAGCUCGUUGUUGCGUUAGAUCAAGAUUAUCAGCGCUCGAAGAAGAUCGUGUUGAAGACUUGGAGGCCACAAAUCAAGCACUCGUCCGGUAAUGCGCCACCUCGAUUAUCGGUUGAGCAUCAAAGUCAGGAAUUCCGCAGUCACGAUGGAAAGCCGGUCCCAGGUUCUCGACUACAGAUUCCGAUCGUGGAUUUCGCACCCAAAGCUUUGGUUCCCGAGACCCUACACGACAAGUCUAUUACUAUUUCUUCAGAAGAGUUUUGUCACUAUCUCGAUCGGAGAGAACGGACCCGGCAGAUGAGGGCUGCACGGAGAGGAAUAGUCCACGAUUUACCUCCUGGCUCUGUCCAUCCUCCGUCGCCCGCGAGCUCAGCUUCAGACACACCGAGCGAUGACGACGAGGAAAGUAUUGGAGGCUAG